AUGCUCGACGCUUUCGGCUCCUUCCUGUUUGGCCACGCAUCGGCGCCACUUGGGUCGCCGCAGGCCGGGCCGUCAUCGCCGCCUGAGCCGGUCCCGAUGCACGACGACGGCGCGGCUGCGGUGCUUCCUCCCUGUGGGCUGCGGGCGUCGGUGGUCGGGUGCGGCAGGAUGGGCUGCGUGAUGGCGGGUGAGUUGGCACGGCGCGGCUGCGAAGUGACGCUCUACGAUUCGACCGACUUCUCGAGGCGUCGUGCCAUGCAGACGAUGCGCGCCUUCCUCUACGAGCACGUCGAGCGUGGCUACCUCUCGACAGCGGACGUGGAGGAGGUCGUAUCGCGGUGUACGCUGGUCGAGAAUCUGAUUGAUGCGGUGGGCACGCAAAUGAUCAUCGAGGCGGUACCGGAAGAUCUCGACAUCAAGCGGCGGCUGCUGAAGCAGAUUGCGGAGACAUACAAGCAGCUGUCGCCGCCACCUUUGCCUCCGCCGCUCCUUUGCUCAAACACAAUCUCGCUUCGCAUAUCGGACCUGGCGGAGGGCCUGCCGCCCCCGCUCCGGGCGCGCGUCAUCGGCGUGCGCUUCCUCCACCCGGUCUGGUUCGUCGACGAGGUCGAGGUCUCUCCGAACAGCGCGAGCGGCUCGGGCGCGGCGGGCGAGGUGACGGCGCUUCUAUGCCGCAUGUCUCUGACAGCGCACCACUACGAUGGCCACCGGCCCCGCCGGCUGAAUGACGAGCAGGCUCAAGCCUAUGCGCGCAGGCAGCAAGGGCGCGCGCGCUCGGGGGCAGCCACCCCACGCGCCCCUAUUGCCGCCGCUGCUGCUGCGGAGAACGGCAGCGGACAAGGCGAGCAGUGCUCGAUCUGUCUCGAUGCACCCCGCGACACGCUGACUGUGCCGUGUGGCCACGUGGCCUCCUGUGAGGCUUGCCUGAAGCGGCUACUCGAACUGCAGGGGCCGCACCGCGCCCUCUGCGUUGUGUGCCGCAAGCCGAUCGAACGAUUGGUUCGCGCGCCUCCAGCAGCUUCAACUCGGGAACAGCACGAGUGA